ACAUGAUGCUAUAUAUUAGUCUUGUUCGUGUCUUAGGGUUUCUUGCGCCUGAAGCCGGACGGACAAGCGAGGGGAGGCUGUUUGUUUUUCAUAGCGAUGGCGAGGAUUAAGGUCCAUGAGCUUCGCGGGAAGACGAAAACUGAGCUCCAGAAUCAGUUGAAGGACCUGAAGAAUGAGCUCUCCCUCCUCCGUGUCGCCAAGGUGACCGGUGGCGCACCCAACAAGCUCUCGAAGAUAAAGGUGGUGAGACUGUCGAUCGCGCGUGUGCUGACUGUGAUCUCGCAGAAGCAGAAAGCUGCGUUGAGGGAGGCUUACAAGAAGAAGAAGCUCCUCCCUCUGGAUCUCCGCCCCAAGAAGACACGUGCCAUCCGCCGCCGGCUUACCAAGCAUCAGGAGUCCUUGAAGACUGAGCGUGAGAAGAAAAGGGAGAGGUACUUCCCACUGAGGAAAUAUGCUAUCAUGGCUUAGAGAUAGGGUUUUAUGAUUUAUGUUCUACAAUUUAAGGUUUUAUUGUCUCUGAAAAAUUAAUGAUUAGGUUUCUGUAUUUUCAAAUGAUUGCAUGCUAUCUUUUCAAUUUCCGUUGAUUUAACUUUGUAGUAUUUGGUUUCUUAUUGGAAGCUUUGGUUUGUGUUGAUAUAA